AAAAUAAACUCUAUAUAAAAAGCCUUUAAUUUUAUUUUUUUUAAUUCAUUUACUAAUUUAAAUGAGAAGAUACUUAUUCCAAAGAAGAAGAAGAAGAAGAAGAGAAGAUAGAUGGGGAGGAAAGAAAAAAAAAUCCCAUUUUCUUUCGCUCUUUCCCUGGAUCCAAACAUUCUUCUAGCGAACUUCCUCUCUUCCUAUCACAAUGUUAAAAAAAAUAUAUAGAUUCUGAUUAAAAAAACCUUCUAAAAAAAAUGAUUAAAAAGUUGAAAAAAAUUGUUUUUAUAAAGGCGCCACUCAAUUUUCAAAACAAAAAAUCUGAUUUGAAUUUUUGCUCUUUCCCGUAGGGUUUACAUUUCCCUGCUAACUACCGAAUACAGGUCGCUUAAAUUUAUUUCUCAUAAAAUUUUAUCCAGAUUUGAUCCUAAUCCAUUUUCUUGGGAGAAAAAAAAAAAAAAAAAAAAAGCUUUCCUUCACCCGAGCAACAUAAUGAGCCACGGAGAUCCGUCGCCGUGGUUAAUCGCUGCGAGCGGCGGCGACACCGUCAAGCUUUUCGAUAUUAAGCUCGAACCUAACGAUCCCUGCGUUUUGAGCUACACGCCUUCUCCCGGUUGCCUAGUUAACUCAGUCAAGUGGAAUCACACUAAUUUAGUGGUUGCAAGUGCUGGCGAAGAUAAGAAGAUUUCACUGUGGCGGAAAAAUGGACAGAGCAUGGGGACUGUUCCAGUUACUGGGACCGAUAGUGGUGACGGUAUUGAGGAAACUAUGUUGGCUAUCAGCUUUAGCAACAAGGGAUCCAGAUACAUAUGUUCUGGGGGAAGUGGUCAAGUUGUAAGAAUAUGGGAUUUGCAGAGGAAGCGUUGCAUCAAAUGGUUGAGGGGUCAUACGGAUACAAUAACAGGUGCAAUGUACAAUUCCAAGGAUGAACACUUAGCUUCCAUCAGUCUCAGUGGGGAUCUCAUUCUUCACAACCUUGCAUCUGGAGCAAAGGCUGCUGAGCUCAAGGACCCUAAUGAACAGGUACUGAGGGUGCUUGAUUAUUCACGGAUUAGUCGGCAUCUUUUGGUGACUGCAGGUGAUGAUGGAACUGUACAUUUAUGGGAUACCACUGGCCGUAGCCCAAAGGUUUCUUGGUUGAAACAACACUCUGCUCCAACUGCUGGUGUUAGCUUGUCACCAUCCAAUGAUAAGAUGAUUGCAAGUGUUGGACUGGACAAAAAGUUGUACACUUAUGACUCUGGGUCUAGAAGACCUGCAGCUUUCAGUUCUUAUGAGGCACCUUUCUCUUCUUUGGCAUUUAGAGAUGAUGGUUGGACACUGGCAGCUGGGACCAGUAAUGGUAGAGUAGUGUUUUAUGAUGUACGUGGGAAAUUACAGCCUUUUACUGUGCUACGUGCCUACAGUAGUUCAGAGGCUGUCACAAGUUUAUGUUGGCAAAGAUCAAAACCAGUAAUUGUUAAUGAGAGCACUUGCACUGCUGAGACUGCUCUUUUAGGAGGUGCUGUUGAAGACUCAAUUCUUAUGCCAGAUCCUCUCCCCUCCCUGACAUCAUCUAGCCUUCCACUGUCUGCAGCAAUAUCCAGUUCUCGUCUCAGUGGUCGGUCAGCUUCUGCUGAAUUGUCUUCUCUUACAACCAGUGGUACUGGAUCUUCAAGCAUUUUUAAUUCAUCUGAUAUUGAGGAAACACCACAGCGAAAUCAUAUAUUUUUGGGUGGAAAACUUGGAAGAUUACAACCUCCUCGUACUUCUUACAAUUUCAAGGAUGAUAUGGAUGUGUUUUCCCCUAUAGUGAAUGUUGAGCCAAUUACACCCUCUCUGUGGGAUGAUAAUGAAGGAGCAAAGAAAGAUCAUCUAGCCUUUGAUAAAAAACCUUCAUCAGUGUUUUUUCCUUCAGCUAGUAGAAGGUUCCAUGCAGAGGAUGGGGCUAGUGAUCAUCCAAUAUCUGAUUGGAAAUCUAGUUCAGCAUCUACACAGGACGAUACCCGAUCAUCAUUUACAACAUUAGGUUCUACUCCUGCUCCAUCUUCAAAGAAUGAAGACUCCAUCACUCCUCCUGAAGCUUGGGGUGGCCUUCGUCAUCAGCCAUCCCGUUUGGGAGUGUCAACUUCUGGUGGGUUGACAUCAAGUUCAAUGUUUUCUGGAACACAAGAUCUGUCAUCAGCACUGAGUCAGAUGAGUAUGAGCUCAUUGACAAGUUCAAACUUAAGCUAUGAAAACUUCCGAGCCAAAGAUGUCUCUGCAAAUCAGGAGACUUCAUUAGGACGUCCUGAGCACUUCUCUAGUUCCAUGUCUUUUUCACUUGGUACAAAGGGCGCCAUGGGAGCAGCUAACCUUGACUCACCUAGACUGGCUUCUCUAAAUCGGAGAUUUUCCAAUUUUGCUGAGAGAAUUAGCACUACUUCUGCCUUCAGCGAUGGCACAUCCAAUUUGGUGGCCUCACCAAAAACAAAGAAAACUGGGGCUGAAACCAGUAAAGAACUUUUGAAUAGCUUUUUGUCGAGGUCUGACACUUCAGCUGCAACAGAAACCGGAGCAUUUUCUGCUAUGAAUUGCUUUGGAACAAGACACUGGUCAAACCUGUGUCGACACUUCAGAUGUUCUGUAUUGUCAUUCAAACUGCAAAAUGGCAAAUGCAUCCAUGAAGGUGGAUUUGUGCAUAUUGUUUAAUCCUCAGUUCUAAUGCUUUCAUCAUGUUAUAAUUAAUGGUUCACUAUUUUCAUACUGUGAUAGGGAGGAAAUUUGCAGCCCCAGAAGGCCCUUCAGUCAGAUCCUCAGCAAGGGAGCAACUUCACAGUUCAGCUCUUUCAACGUACUCUCGAAGAAACACUCGAUUCAUUUCAGAAAUCAAGUCACGAAGAUGUGAGGAACCUCCAUAUCGAGAUCAUAAGACAAUCCCACAUGCAAUCGAUGGAAACAUCAACUCUAUUGACUACCAUUUUGGAGAACCAAGCAGAGCUGAUGAAAGAGGUCAAGUCUCUCCGCCAAGAAAUUCAACAGAUUCGCCAACAGCUUUGAGUACAUGCGAAGUUUGUACUCAUCACGAUCAUUUUCCAAGGGUUUUCUUUCAAUCUGUUUGCUAUUUUGAUUCUUUUACUGUUCUUUACUCUAAGUGAGCAAAAUUGCUUCUCAGCAAUUUGUGUGCAAAAGGGUAACUUUGAGAAAAUUACAUAUUUUAAGAGAGAAAAGAGAAUAUAAUGUUCGUGUUUGUAGAUCGCAUUUUCAACGAGUGUGCCCGAUCCAUGUUGUAAGUUAAAUGUUGUUUUUCAAGUGUUUCUGACCUACUUUUAUAGCCGAUUUUCAGUGU